ACUGAUCCGAGAAGCCGAGGAAUUCAGACUCGUUCGUGUGAAUUGAUUGCUGAGCUCGAACCCAAUUCAUGUCAGCCCUUAAAUUCACAGCAACAGCUUCAUCUGUGUACGCGCGCACGGCCAUACCCUCCUCCACUGGACCCAAAACCACCAACACCUCGUUGGCCCUUUUAUGGAGCCACAGGAGAAAUAUUCCAUUCCAUCAUCAUCACCUACGUGGGUGGAGGAUAACACAGUGCGCUCAUUCACUUUCUCUGGCGCACGAUAAGGCUCCCUCCUCCAUAACGCCAGGGCUAGGGCUUGCGUUUUGGGUCCCCCACCAUAAAUCCCUGUCUUUUGCCCCUUUGCGUGCUUCGAGUUCGUCUUCUUUUGAGAAAUCGGGGGUUUCUGGAGGUGGGUCUGGCUCUGCAUCGAGGUCCGGCCUUGUGGUAGAUAUGGGAUCGGAUGUGAAGGAUUGUGAUGGCUCGAAUAAUGAGACACUUUUGCAGAAAGAUCGGCCUCCUCGGUCUUUGCAGGAUCCGGAACAGCAAUCCAAAGUGCUUACAUUGCCCACUAUAUUGACUCUAGGCCGUGUCGCCGCCGUGCCGCUUCUUAUUGCAACCUUCUAUAUGGAUGGUUGGCGGGGAACAGCUGCUACCACUGGUAUUUUCAUCAUUGCAGCAGUUACUGAUUGGCUUGACGGAUAUAUUGCUCGGAAGAUGAAAUUAAAAUCAACUUUCGGUGCAUUUUUAGAUCCGGUGGCAGACAAGCUCAUGGUUGCUACUACAUUGGUCUUAUUAUGUACCAGACCAUUGGAAGUUGCCAUUUUUGGACAAGCCCCAUGGCUACUGACUAUACCUUCAAUUGUCAUAAUUGGUAGGGAGAUAACCAUGUCUGCGGUCAGGGAAUGGGCUGCAUCCCAGGACAGUAAGCUUUUAGAGGCUGUUGCUGUAAAUAACCUGGGAAAGUGGAAAACAGCCACACAAAUGACGGCAUUAACAAUCCUCCUUGCAACCCGAGACUGCAGCCAUGGCGGGCCUGCCAUUUUAGCAGGAUCUGGAGUUGUUUCGCUUUAUAUCUCAGCAUGGCUUGCUUUGUGGUCUUUGAUAGUAUAUAUAAGGAAAAUAGGCAAGGUAUUGCUGAAGUAGUAGCUGCUUCAUUCCCAUACAUUCACCCUCUCUCUGGCUUCGUGAAAGAGCCAUGCCAUCUUACUCAAACUCCUUAAUUAAUAUCGACGUGGAUGGGGCGCAUUCUUUUAAUUUGCGACAGAGGAAUAUGUAUAUUUCUAUCUGCAAAGAAUUUUCCUUUUGUCUGAAAUUUUUCUCAACUUUUGGUCCUUAGUCAUCUAUUGAGAAAAAGCCUUAGCAAAAGGAUAAUUCUUUGGUGAAUCCCACUUCUCAUGAUGUUGGAUGUUUUGGCCUUUUAAGAUUCUCAUUUUAUUAAUACAAAAAUUCAAGUGGGAAUUACAAAUUUUAAAUUAA